AUAUUACUUUGAAAGAGUGGAGAGUUUUAAAUAUCUCGGAGCAACAAUCACUGCAGAUAACGAUAUCGCGGAAGAGAUUUAAGAAAGAAUCCAGGCAGCAAACAGAUGUAUGUACACCCUCCAUAAUACUAUUAAAUCUAAAAGUCUAACACGAACAUCAAAUAUUAGAAUAUAUAAAACGGUGAUUAGACCGGUGCUCAUGUAUGACUUUGAGACGUGGACCCUGACUAAAGAAACUAAAAGAAAACUUUUAGAUAUUUUGAGAGGAGAAUCCUCAGAAGAAUCUUUGGGCCUUAUCACGACAUAUUUCAAGAGAUUAAAUCCCAACGUCUAAGAUGUUCAUAGACUCCCUAAUAACUGCCUUGCCAAGUUAAUAUGGGAGAAAGCCCCCACAUGAAGAAGGUCCUUAGGACGUCCACGAAUGCGAUGGAGAGACAAUAUAUGGUCAUAUCUAAUAACAAUGGGGCUACCCACUGACUCAACUAUUAUGGACGACCGGUCAAGAUGGAAGCAAGUUGUGCAGUCAGUCAAGACCUACCCUGGAUUGUAG